UAUUCUUUAUCUGUCGUAAACAAAAACAGCUUUUUGUCGAGAACUAUGUAAGAUGUAGGCUAAUGCAUGAAAACAUCUAAAUGUGUGUCCUGUCAUUCAGUGUUUCUCCGGAUUGAGAGAAUGGACCGCUUAACUGUGCCUAUAACAGUCUAAAUAAAUCAGUCAGUGCUGGCCUCGAUUCUCUAUCGACCCAAAUAAAAGGAUUGGGCUCAAAUAAUUGGCAGGUCGAUGCAUUGGCAGCUUCUCUCACUGUCUCCCACUUGGCAUGCUGACAGUCAUAAACAGUCCCACAGUGCACGCGUUUUGUUCCUGCCUGUUGGAAACUGCUCAAUGCGCUGACAAUAGACUCUCUUUGAAUCAUCGGUCCGUUUAAAGGCGCGCGCGUGCUUGUGUACAUGCUGCUCAGGACAGUCACAGUGUUAUCUCUCUCCGGUCCGCUCUGACGUAAGCGACUGUCAUUUAAAACAUUCUGCCGGUCGCUGUACGUUGCGCUGAACCAGAUGAAUGAAAUUCCCGGAAUGCAUACUAUGCUAGCCACCUGCCUGUUAGUCGCUGCUGUUUCAUACUGGUACAGCAGCGAGCUUCUGACAACGCUCCGUCUGUUUAUUUCAGUCUCAGCUCUCUGCGGGGACAUGCCGGAACCCGAGGGGAAUCGUCUGUCACCACAAGGUGUCCCUUACACCGACCUGCCGCACAUCGUUAACGUCGACGGACUGCACCUGUUCUGCCGUUACUGGGAGCCCGACAGUCAGCCAAAGGCGCUGGUGUUUGUUGCCCAUGGAGCAGGAGAGCACUGUGGGGGUUAUGCUGACAUUGCUCACAGCCUGACCCAGCAUGGUAUUCUGGUGUUCGCCCACGAUCACGUUGGUCAUGGCCAGAGUGAAGGUGAGAGGAUGGCUAUCAAAAACUUUCAGAUUUACAUCAGAGAUGUCCUCCAGCACAUUGACAUCAUGAAGGGCCAGUACCCCAAUCUGCCAGUGUUCAUCAUCGGACACUCAAUGGGAGGGGGCAUUUCCAUUCUGACCGCAUGUGAGAGGCCGCAGGAUUUUGCAGGUGUGGUUCUCAUAGCCCCCAUGGUCCAAAUGAAUGCUGAAUCUGCAACACCUUUCAAGGUUUUCCUGGCAAAAAUUCUAAACCGCUUGACUCCCAAUCUCUCUCUUGGUUCAAUCGAAUCAAAAUGGAUCUCACGGGAUCCCAAACAGGUGGAGGCAUAUGACACAGAUAAACUAAAUUAUCACGGAGGGCUGCGUGUCUCGUUCGGAGUGCAGCUGAUGGAUGCGGCAGCUCGCAUCAAGAGAGAGUUACCCAACAUUACAUGGCCCUUCUUUAUUCUCCAUGGCGACGCCGACAAGCUUUGUGACAUCGGAGGCUCUCAUCUAAUGUAUAAUGAGACCAAGAGUAGUGAUAAAAAACUGAAGGUGUAUGAAAAAGCUUACCAUGCCCUACAUCAUGACUUACCUGAAACAGUUGAGUCUGUCUUAAAGGAGGUGAGCACUUGGAUCCUGGAGAGACUCCCCAGCCCUCAUGAGUCUUAGCUGUCAAUCACCGCAUACACAGUUGCCUAAGCCCUGCCCUCUACCCAAUCUUUCAUCUCUAUGACAAAGAGAUGUCUGACUGCACUACAUGCCAACAAAACUACCCUCAAUCUAAUUUACCUAGGCGAUAAGAGGUCACUAGUAAGUGACCUUUGACCUAGAGGUCCAAUUAAGCUUUAAUAUGCCCAGUAAGUGUUCUGUGGGAGUUUAUAUUCCCUGAAAAGCAAUCAUCAUGAGAAAUAUAAUGCAACCGGUUGCCCUGGUGCUGAGCUCUCUUUUGUGUUGCCAUGGUAAUUGAAUGUAGCUGCAAUUUGUUCUUUGUGAUGUCCACUGCUCAUAAGAGAUGCAGUGCUGCCCCCGCUGGACAAAAGCAGUACUGCAUUCUGCUGUCAGCUCAGUUGCCAAGGCAACUCAACAUUAUAUUGCUUAUGGCCUGGCAGAAAAACAAACUGAAACUACACAAUGAAAAUACAUUUACAUUUAGCAGACGCUUUUAUCCAAAGCGACUUAUAAAUGAGGACAAUGGAAGCAAUCAAAAUCAACAAGAGAGCAAUGAUAUGCAAGCUUUAAGACAUUCAGAGAGCAAAAUGUCUGCUUGGCAAAUUUAACAUUGCACUUGAAGAGAUCAAUUAGACGAUCUCUACAGACACAUCUAUGCAGGAGAUCCCACAGAUUCCCAUAUAUACACUAUAUAUACCCACAAUAAGGAGAACUGGAAAGGUUUUUUUUGUCUGUUAGAAAUUUCCUUUUGUGGUUUGACUGUUUCAAACACCUCGGACUGUUCCAUUCUUUGGAGUAAACAGGGAAGUGGCUGUUCUGCGGCUGGAUUUACUUAAUGAAACCUAUUUACAGCUGAUACUUUAUUAUGGGCUCUGGAAUUUUAAUAUCGUAUUCUUUUAUUUUUACAAGCAUUUCGUUACUUUGACUACUUUAUUAAUAAUAAAUAUGUUACUGUUGAAAUUAUAAUAUGUUCACAGUAGCUUUUGACCUCAUUGUGACCUCAGGGUAUGCAUGGGGUUUGUAGCUCUAAAACAACAUGAAAUUGUAAAAGGUCAGUCAUUCACACCAGCUUAAUAUUUAAUGUGACUCUUUUGAUUCAGACAAAGGAGAGUUUUGUUACAGAGAUUCGUCUGUAAUCCUCCAAGGUUUUUUUAUGAUUGAAUAUAGGUCAGUGAAGGUUUUACUAAAUGUGCCAUAUUUUUAAUGGAAGCAACAAGCAAAAACUUUCUUUAGUUUAAUUUUAUAGACUGUCAUUGAGCUCUCGGAUUUAGAUCAGUUAGUAAUAAUACUGCUAUCUGUGAUGUGAGCAGAAAUGAAAUGUCCAGCACAAGAUUGUAAAUAGUGUGCAUGUUUGUUGAGAGAAUAUGUAGAGAGAAACUAUAGUUUGGAUGUUUGUUUCACACAUAGGCAUUUUAUUAAGUAUAUUGUCUCUCAAUCAUUUGAAAUGAAUCACUUGUAAAUGAAAUGUACUGUAUGUAACACAUCUUAUGAGAAAUUGUAGAAUAACUCAAUCUUUAUCAGCGAUAAUCCUCUGUGACUUUGACUGUUUCUGUAACUGUUAUAAAAUCUUCCUAAAGUGGAAGUACUAGGAGCACUGUGAUUGGAGGAGCGGCUAAUAUUCUCAAGGACAUUAUCUUUACAUUAGGCAAUAAUGAAUUCAUUUGGAUUAGAAUUGUCCAUUUGAGUUGCUUGCCUUUACUAUGGCAUCAAAAAUCCUCUCCUACAGUUGCACUGUCCUAGUGAAUGGCACAUUUAAUAUAUAAAAGAGUUCUGAAUUCUUGCACGAAUACUGUAAUUUAUUAAACACAGAAAUUAAAGCUAUAAUGUGAUUUAAAUAAUUCUCAGUAUGGCAAUUUUACAGUCUCUGAAUUAUAAAGUCUAUAAAAUAAUAAAAUUUAAAUGCUAAAUAA